UGUACAACAUGUACCCAACAAACCUUGUUGUUCUUUCAUCUCAGAAGUUGAAAGAAUGUACAAACAAUUUCAAUCUAAGCAAUCUCAUUGGGCUGACACAAUUUGGAAGAUUGUUUAGAGGAAACUUUCAAGGUCAACGUGUAUUAGUGAAAAUAUUGGAUGAUGAAAAAUUGAAGCACAUAAGUUCUAAAUAUAAUGAUGAACAUUUCAUUAUCAAAGAGGAAAUGAAGUUUUGGACAAAUCCAAAUUUGAAAGGUUGUCCUAACUUGACUACUUUCAUUGGUUAUACUUGUGAGAGAGAUAUAAAAGGGAUUGUGUAUGAUAUUAAUCCCCUUGAUACUUUGGACAAUGUAAUCAAGAAAGAUGGAAUGAAUUGGGUUCAGAGAAUAGAUGUAAUUCAUGAGGUUGCUAAGCUCUUAAAGUUCAUUCAUGAGCAAGAGAAACAAAACAUGGUGUUGAAUAUUAGUGCAUCUCAUAUACUUCUUGAUAAGGAUUUAAAGCCAAAAUUAUUUGACUUGCUGUUGGUUAGUGAAGUGAAAAUGCAAAAGGAACAAUCAACAAAGUCAACUAGCUACAUUGAUCCUUAUUUUUCUCCAAGGGCGGGUGGUCAUGAAUGGGAUAGAAGCUGUGAAGUGUAUUCAUUUGGCAUACUUUUGCUUGAACUAAUAACAAAGAGAAUUUCAAACAUUGGGAACAAACAACAAAGCUUAAAUAUGGAUAGUCUAAUACAUAUUUGGGCUAAGAAAGAGUUCAAGCCAAAUUGUUCUCUUGUUCAUAAACAUUUACAAGAAGAUUGGCUUUAUUGUUCUGAAGAUGGUGUUGCAAUAACUCUAUUGGCUUUGCAUUGCAUAGAAUAUUUUCCAACAAAUCGUCCUUCAAUGAGGGGUGUGUUGCAAAAUCUUGAAAAUCUUACAGUGUUACAACAUUUAUCUGAUGUUAGAUCAACUAAAAGGGAAAAGAAAUUCUGAAAUUCUUUUAAUCUUGAUGUAAAUUUAGCUUUUAUAAGCUAAAUAUUGAAGUAAAAUAACUUUUCCUUCCUUAGUUAGUAUUAGAUUAGAGUAUAAGAAUGACAUGGAAUUGGUAUGCGAAGCAUUGUUUUUUUUUUUAACCAAAGUAUGCG